AUGUUAUUAAAUAAAUUAAAAAGAUUAAAUAUUAUCAAACGAAAUUAUUCAACCUCAGCAACAGAUAUAAAAUUAAAUAAAGAAGUAUUUCCAUCAUAUGAUGUUAAAGAAUUUGAAAACAUUUUAAAAAACACACCCAUUAGAUUCCCAUCUAUGGAUUUAAUACCAACAAAACCAAAAGUUGCCGUUGGUAUGUCGGGUGGUGUCGACUCAACUAUUACUGCAAAGAUUUUAAAGCAUCAAGGUUUCGAUGUAACUGGUGUUUUUAUUAAAAGCUGGGAUGAUAUUGAAGAAUCAGGUAGAUGUCAAGGUGAAAGAGAUUAUAAAGAUGCAAUAGCAGUAGCAAAAUAUUUAGAUAUCCCAAUGUAUCAAGCAGAUUUUGUUAAAGAUUAUUGGAAUAGAGUUUUUACAGGUUUUUUAAAAGACUAUCAAAGUGGGAUUACACCAAACCCUGACGUAUGGUGCAAUAGAGAAAUUAAAUUCGAUUUAUUUAUAGAUUUUGCAAAAGAAAACUUUGGUGUCGAUUAUAUUGCAACAGGUCAUUAUUCAAAUUUAUAUUAUGAUAAAAACGAUCCAAAUAAAAUUGAGCUAUAUAGAUCUGUUGAUAAAAGCAAAGAUCAAACUUAUUUCUUAUGUAUGACCAAAACCAAAGGUUUAGCCAAUUCUAUUUUCCCAAUUGGUGAUUUUACCAAAGAUAAAAUUAUAGAUUUUGCAAAAACCAUCCCAGAUUUUACAAAUGUUCUUUCAAAGAAAUCAAGUAGAGGCAUUUGUUUUAUUGGCAAGAAAUCAUUACCAGAUUUCUUAUCACAAUAUAUAGAUUUAAAACCAGGUUUCUAUUAUGAUAUUUCAAAAGGUUUUAUAAUACCUCAUCAAAAACAUCAAGGUUCAAUUUGUUAUACUAUUGGUCAAAAAGCAAAAAUACAUUCAUCAAGUGAAAAAUAUUAUGUUGUUUCAACAGACAUUAAAAAAAACAUUGUAAACGUUUGUCCCGAAUCAUUGGUUAGUAAAUAUUUAAACUUUUCUCAAUUCCAAAUUCAUGGUUUAAAUUGGAUUAAUGAAAUACCAAAAGAAGUUUUUUCAGAGGAAGGUUUUAAAGCAAGAGGUCAAUAUAAACACCGUGGCGAAAUUGUAGAAUUAAUAAUGAAACGUACAGAUGAUUUAUAUAAUAAUUCAAAUGUUUAUAAUAUUCAAAUAACCUCGGAGCCAAUUAGAAAUUUGGCAUCGGGUCAAAUAUUAUGUUUAUUUGAUAAAGACACCGAUAAGUGUUAUGGUGGUGAUUCAAAAUAA